CUCUUUCGCACACUCCCCUAAAAAAAGCUAGCCUCUGGCACUUACAGCGGCCUGCCUGACUCACUCAUAGCAGACACACAGACGUCGGUGUAGGAGGCGAAAGUUAGGCAGGCCUGUCUCGGGGAGCAGAAAGUAUUAGCGGAGCGACGCGCACAGCUGGCCGGCCAUGGUGACUGGAGUUCGGAGAGCGUGGGGCUGGUGAGAGGGGAACACAAGGGGGGAGGCGAGCAGAAAAAGAACCCUCGCGCUACUACAACGCAACCACUUUCAGCCCAGCUCAGCUCGCCUCCUGCCUGCACUCGCUGGCGUGCAGCCAAGUCGACCCAGAGUGGGUUGGCUUCUCUUCUCUUCCUCCAUCUCCCCUCCCUCCUUCUUUUUCCCAAACUCAGAUACGCACACACAGGACUUAUCAAAGCGCGAGAAAAGGAGAAAGGCGUCCGAGGAAAAGUAAUUUAAGGGACUAGCCAAGCUGGCUGAAGACAAAGCUUCUCCCCGUGGAUUUUCCCCUUUUCAGAUAGCGUUCGGUUUCUUCUACGUCUUCGAGUUUUCUUUAAGUUUUUAUAAUGACUCACGUUCUCAACAAGUCACCUUUAGGAAGCGGGCAGACAACGUAAAUACUUGUUUAUUGUAACGUGCGAAACCGUUUAUAUCAUUCCGCCAUAGAGUUCUGUCGUAUUAUAUUUUUAAGUUUAGGUUCAAUAGAUCAUCUCGAACGAAGAAUCACAGCACGUUGGUCUCGCUCGUGCUGGAGUGUUAUUGUGUUGUUUGCUUCUUUUUACCCACCACUCCUCGAUCUAGUAGUAGCUAGGUCGGGCUAUACCUUGGGACUCCGCGAAUGCUCCGUUUUUUCUCGGUACAAAUGUGAGAAGGAUGCCAGAAUGCCUUCGCUGAUCAUCUCCCAUCUGCUCGUCAUCUGGCUCGCUGUCCAGAGGUUGGCCAUUUGCGCCGAGCGCGCCUCCACUCGGGAGCGCUUCAAAGUGGUCAUCGCGCCUUUAAUAUGCAAACGGACAUGCCAGCGGACGGGUCAAUGUCAAGACACCUGCGAACAGGGCAACAACACUACCUUGAUCGGGGAGAACGGACAGUCUGCGGAUACUCUCACGGGCCGGGGUUUCAGAGUGGUGGUGUGCCCCCUGACCUGUCUGAACGGGGGCAUCUGCGCGUCGCGUAAACACUGCCACUGCCCGCAGGGCUUCACAGGCCGCCUGUGCCAGAUCCGCCAGGACAACAUGUCGGCGCGGGGCAACCCUCCCCCGGCGCUGCCCAUGCCCCUGGGGGGCGGAGCCGUGGGCACCACGGUGACCCGAGGGGGCACCAGCGACGGCCAGGGCAUGAUGGUGGAGCCCAUCAGCGGACGCCAGAUGACACAGACGCACUUUAGUCUCCCGCUGACGCAGGGCAACGGCCAUCACUCCUCAGAAAUGAUUGUGCGAGUCCACCACCCGACAGACACAUCGGUCAUCAUCCAGUCCCUGACGGAGUCCCAUUCCCAGUCGGACGCGAGACCUCCCAAGCCCGGGACCAGACUCCCCCCUCCCACGCACAAACCUAGGGGGCGCUGUUUCCAGGAAACUACUCCCAAACAAGCUUGUAGCAGCAACCCUUUGCCCGUGCUGACCAAUCAGGAAGACUGCUGUGGGAGCGUCGGCAACUCAUGGGGCCAGAACAAGUGCUACCAGUGUCCCAAGCUACCAUAUCCGGGUCUAAAGCUGCAGUCCAUUAUAGAGGACUAUGGCACCAACUGCCCUCACGGCUACAAAAGACUCAACAGCUCACACUGUCAAGAUAUAAACGAGUGCACCAUGCCGGGUGUGUGCCAGAACGGCGAGUGUCUGAAUACGCAGGGCUCGUUCCGCUGCACCUGUAAGCCGGGAUACACACUGGACCGCACCCGCUGCGUGGGGAAAACAGAGUUGGGUCGUUGUUACCGCGUGGUGUCUGAGUCUGGUGUGUGUGCGCUGCCGCUGGAUAAGGACAUCUCCCUGGAGUUCUGCUGCUGCACCACCGUGGGCAAGGCCUGGGGCAGCUCCUGCCAGAGGUGCCCCGACGCCAACACUGAUGCGUUUGAUAAGAUCUGCCCAGCAGGGAAGGGGAUGUCCUACGUCACCAACCGCGAGCGGCUACUCCUCCCUGGACACUUUCCCCCCCUGCCUGAGAUCAAGUCCCCAGUGUCCUCUGUACAGACGACAACACCCAUGCACCACGCUCUCACCACCACCCCUCGAGUCCCCACGAUCAUCACCAAGCCCACUCCCAACCCCAUCGUCAAGGUGGACCCCCCCAGCGACUCCUUUGAAGCCCAGACGCAGGUCUCACAUUUGGACAUGUGUACCCUGGGCAGGAACCUGUGUGGGCAGGGCAAGUGCAUCUCGCUGGUGAACGACUACGAGUGCCACUGCUACCCGGGCUUCAGCUUCCACGCACAGAGGAAGAGCUGUGUGGAUGUGAAUGAGUGUGAGGGGGAGCCGUGUGGCCACAACAGGGGGACGUGCUUCAACACUGUGGGGUCGUACCGCUGCAGAUGCCACCAGGGGUACAAGCCAUCCAUGCCCCAGGGACGACUACGAUGCGUAGAUAUAAACGAGUGCUCCAAGCCUGAUAUCUGCGGCCCGGGAGGACACUGUGUCAACAUGCUGGGCUCCUACAGGUGCGAAUGCCUCCCCGGAUACGCCAGCAAGUCGCGACGCCAGCCCGCCUGCGAAGACGUUAAUGAGUGCCUGGACCCCAACAUCUGUCCUGAUGAGCAGUGUGAGAACCUGCCGGGAUCCUACGAGUGCCAGCCCUGCCCACCCGGCUUCCAAGCACAGGGAGGAGUCUGCUACGACGUGAACGAGUGCCAGAGGAAAGGUGUGUGUCAGAACGGGCGCUGUGAGAACCUGCCGGGUACGUACCGCUGCCUGUGCAACGAGGGAUUCCUGCCCGAGUCCGACAGCAAGGGCUGCAGAGACAUCAAUGAGUGUGAGGACCAUCAGCUGUGUGCUAACGGCCACUGCCGCAACAUUGAGGGCUCUUUCCGCUGCCAGUGCUACUCUGGGUACCAGCCCACCCAGGAGGGCAGCCACUGUGAGGACAUUAAUGAGUGUGAGAGGGCAGUUAACUGCCAGCGCGGUCGCUGCAUCAACACCCAGGGCUCCUAUCGCUGCGAGUGUGAGAAGGGCUUCACGCUCCGGGGACGCAGGUGUGAAGAUGUAAAUGAGUGCGAGGUGGACAGGAGUUUGUGCCAGCCGUUCGGCACGUGUGAAAACAGACAGGGCUCCUACGUGUGCGUCUGCAAUCAGGGAUACAUGCUGUCCGAGGACCAACGCCACUGUGAUGCCAUUGAGAUCAACCUGAACAAUAAGAAGGAAUGCUACCUGAACCUGGAUGACACCGUGUUCUGUGACAGUGUCCUAGCAACUAACGUCACCAAGCAGGAGUGCUGCUGCUCCAUUGGGGUGGGCUGGGGCGACCACUGUGAGAUCUACCCCUGCCCCGUCUUCCAUUCUGCUGAGUUCCAUUCGUUGUGUCCGGUUGGUCGAGGCUUUUACCAUGAAACGGGCAGGACCGAGUAUGGCCUUGCAGUGCACAUGGAUAUUGACGAGUGUGUGCUGUUUGCGGAUGAGAUCUGUAAGGACGGCCGCUGCAUGAACACUCAGCCGGGAUAUGAGUGCUACUGUCAGCAGGGCUUUGACUACGACAUGAACCUGUUGCAGUGCAUAGAUGUGGAUGAGUGCCAUGACGAGUCGCUGUGUACAAACGGCCGCUGUGUCAACAUGCGCGGCUCAUUCUACUGCACCUGCAACCCGCCCUGGACACCAGACGCCACCAACAAGAAGUGUAUCAACACCGCCGUCACAGGCGUGAAUGAGUGCCUGGAACCGUCCAACUGUAAGAACGGCCACUGUGUGGACACCCCUGAGUCCUUCUACUGCAUCUGUACGGACCCCUGGACCCUGGGCACCGACCGCAACAGCUGCGUCACGCCAGAGGAGCAGGCAGUAACGGGUCUAUCUGUGGUGCCCCUUGCAGAUGUCAACGAGUGCCAGGACCCCUCGUACUGCAAGAACGGCGAGUGUGUCAACACGCCCGGCUCGUUUCACUGCAUAUGCAAUCAGCCGCACACCUAUAGCGCCGCGCUCAAACAGUGCGUCUAUGACGACCGCACGGCGGCCCAUAAGGACGUGUGUUUCCAGGAGGUGGACGAGGGUCUGAUCUGCAGCGUGCCCCGUAGCGGUUAUGUCUACACCUACUCCCAGUGCUGCUGCCACUACGGCCGCGGCUGGGGACCAGAGUGCCGCACAUGCCCCCAGAGGAACUCAGUGCUGUUUAACCGGCUGUGUGAGAUCCAUCUGGAGACAGAGUCGGAUGGGGAGGGCGACUUCCAAGCCGUCUUUGCCAACUACAACCCAGGUGACAAUCCGCACCACGCCACCCAGUGGCAGCUACGUGGGGACAGCUCUGAGGAGGACUCUGAGGAGUGCAGCUGUGCCAACGGCCGCUGUGUGCCCUCCUACCUGGGCACCAUGUGCGAAUGCAACCCCGGCUUCCGCUCAGACCACUCACGCACGCGCUGCAUCGACAUAGAUGAGUGUGCAGAUCGAGGCCGUGUGAACCCGUGUAAGAAUGCUCGCUGUGUCAACACCAAGGGCUCCUUUAAGUGCUACUGCAAACACGGCUUCGUGCCCGCCCGGAGACCCAACGUGUGUGUGCGAGCCAGGGCCUCACUCUGAGAUGCACCAGAGAGACGUUUACUUUCACACACACACACACACACACACACACACACACACACACACACACACACACACACACACACACACACACACACACACACACACACACACACACACACACAGGAACAUUUUCAUGGGAAUGCUGCCAUUACAAUGUAGAGGAAGAGUACGCUCAUGUGGAACGAACACUACAGAUACAAAACAGAAGCCCUUCCUUCCCUGUGGCUCCCCAUUGACGGAUUUUUAAAUGUUUCGUUAAUUGUAUUUGUUUUUUUUGUUCUCCCUUUUAACUCCUGAGAGUUGCACAAGCCUGAAUUUAUUAAUUAUUAAAUGUAAUAUGGUCUCAGUUGUUAUAGCCAUUCUUAAUUGGCCUUAUGUUGUAUAUUUUUUAACUUUCUUUUUUAUUUCAUUGCCUGUUCCCUUUUUAGCUCGCUUGUGGAAAACACCAAAGAGUGCCUCCUCCUCCUCCUCCUCCUCUUUCGCCUCCUCCUCCUCCUGCUCUCCCUCCUCCUCUUUCUCCUGC